AUGAGAUUAUCAGCAGAUACGGUUAAAGCAUUGCAACUGGAUGCAUCUAACAUUAGAAAUAUCUGUAUUUUAGCGCAUGUUGAUCAUGGUAAGACAUCUUUAAGUGAUUCGCUUCUUGCUACAAAUGGGAUUAUCUCACAAAGAAUGGCUGGUAAAGUUAGAUAUUUGGAUUCUCGAGAAGAUGAGCAAUUGAGAGGUAUCACAAUGGAAGCUUCGGCGAUAUCGCUUUACUUCAAAGUCAUGCGUAGGAAAGAACUGAAGGAGGGUCAAACAGAACCUGAAACUGAAAUUAAAGAGCAUUUGAUCAAUUUGAUCGAUUCACCGGGUCAUAUUGACUUUUCGUCGGAAGUUUCUACUGCAUCGAGAUUGUGUGAUGGUGCUGUAGUGUUAGUUGAUGUUGUUGAGGGUGUUUGUUCUCAAACCAUCAACGUUUUGAGACAGUGUUGGGUUGAUUCAUUAAAGCCAAUCUUGGUUUUAAAUAAGAUUGACAGGUUAAUAACCGAAUGGAAAUUGACUCCUUUGGAGGCAUAUCAGCAUUUAUCAAGAGUUAUAGAGCAAGUUAAUUCUGUUAUUGGUUCAUUUUAUGCGGGAGAAAGGAUGGAAGACGAUAUGAUUUGGAGGGAAAAGGGUGCAAUUGGUGAGUUUGUUGAAAAGGAUGAUGAAGAUAUCUACUUUUCUCCUGAUAAAAAUAAUGUUAUAUUUUCGUCAGCUGUUGAUGGUUGGGCAUUUUCUAUCAAUACCUUUGCAAAAAUUUAUCUGGCGAAAUUAGGAUUUUCUCAUAGCGUUUUAUCGAAAACUCUAUGGGGAGAUUUUUAUCUUGACAUGAAAAACAAGAAGAUCAUUCCAGGUAAAAAACUUAAAACAACAAAUGCUUCAGCCAAGCCAUUAUUUGUGUCUUUGGUUUUAGAACAAAUAUGGGCUAUCUAUGAGCAUUGCAUCAUAGAGAGAAAUCAAGAAAAGCUUGAAAAAAUUAUUGAAAAAUUAGGAACCCAAGUAAACCCCAGAGAUUUGCGUUCAAAGGAAUAUAAAAAAUUAUUGAAUUUGAUUAUGUCGCAAUGGAUUCCGGUAAGUCAUGCCUUAUUGGGUGCUGUAAUAGACUCUAUUCCAAGUCCAAUUAUAGCGCAGCAGAAACGAAUAGGCAAGUUAUUGGACGAAUGUAUUUAUAAUGCGGUAGAUGAUACACAAGAAAAGUCUAGUUUGCUUGAUCCCGCAUUCGAACAUGCUAUGCUUAAUUGCGAUUCAUCUGAUGCAGAGAACCAUACUAUGGCGUAUGUUUCCAAAAUGAUUUCGAUUCCAGAAGCAGAUUUACCAAAAGAUAUUGCGUCAGGUUCUGUUUUAACAGCAGAUGAAAUCAUGGAAAGAGGAAGAAAGGCAAGAGAAUUAGCUAAAAAGGCUUCAGAAGCGGCGGCUGUUUUACAAGAUAGUAAAACGCAGGAUGAAUUUAGUUUACCUCAACAAACCAAGGAUCCAUUUGAAUGGGAAUUCGAAGAGGAUGAUUUCGAAGGAGAAGACACCGAUGAUGAUGAAAACCAAAGCACGCCAGAAACUCUCAUAGCAUUUACUCGUAUAUAUUCGGGGUCUUUAAGCAAAGGUCAAAAUAUCACCGUUGUUGGUCCGAAGUAUGAUCCUUCUAUACCCAAUGACCACGAAAAUAAUAAAGAUCAAAUAUCGUAUAAUAUUGAAAUUAAAGAUUUGUUUUUGAUCAUGGGAAAAGAGUUUGUUAAAAUGGAUAAGGUCCCCGCUGGUAAUAUUGUAGGAGUUGUUGGUCUUGAUUCAAUAGUGUUCAAAAAUGCAACCUUAUGUUCAGAGAUUAAGGACAAGCCUUAUGUUAAUUUAGCUUCUUCCUCAACAUUAAUUCACAACAAGCCAAUUAUGAAGGUCGCUGUUGAGCCUACGAAUCCAAGUAAAUUAGGUAAAUUGGAAAGAGGACUUGAAAUGCUCUCUAAAGCGGAUCCUAUAUUGGAAUGGUACGUUGACGAUGACUCGGGUGAAAUAAUUAUGUGUGUUGCAGGGGAACUUCAUUUAGAAAGAAGUUUGAAGGAUCUAGAAGAAAGGUUCGCUAAAGGAUGUGAAGUUAGUGUGAAAGAGCCUGUUAUUCCCUUCAGAGAAGGACUUGCAAUUCAUCAAGCUGAUAAGCGCGACGAUGAUGAUGAUGAAGAACUUACAUUAGAAGGGAUUGAUUUGGAUUUUGAAACCUUCCCAUUACCUACAGAAGUGACUAAGUUCUUAAUCGAUAACGAAUCUGAUAUCACUAAUAUGGUAAACGUCAAUCGUAAAACAGAUACAUCAUCAGACAACUUGUUGCAAUUUAAAGAUAAGCUUGUUGCUGCAUUCGAAGAAAGCGAUGAUGCUAACCGAAUUAAGCAAGAAACAGGAUUCAAACUGCUUGGAGAUCUUGUUGAGAGCAUCGUUUCAUUAGGUCCAAAGAGAGUGGGUCCUAAUAUUCUUAUUGAGAAUAAAGCCAAUAAUAACAAAAUGAGACGUUUAUUCAACAAAAGCACUGAUAAUACCAAAUUUGAAUACGAGAACAAUGUAUUGAAUGGAUUCCAACUUGCAAUGAACGAAGGACCUUUGGCAUCUGAAUGCAUGCAGGGUGUUUUAGUUGUACUUCGCAAGAGUGAAACAACCCAGGAUGCUAAUACUGAUGAAUCUAAAAUCUCCAAUCUUCCCGGGAGAGUUAUCACCUUUACUCGUGAUUUGAUUCAUCAAUCUUUCUUGCUGAAAGCACCUCGUUUAUUCUUGGCUAUGUACACAUGUGAUAUUCAGGCCUCAGCAGAAGUUUUGGGUAAGGUGUACGCUGUUGUUCAAAGAAGGGGUGGUUCCAUUAUAUCAGAAGAAAUGAAGGAAGGUACUCCAUUCUUCACCAUUGAAGCACGUAUCCCUGUGGUGGAAGCAUUUGGUUUCUCUGAAGAUAUAAGAAAAAAGACUUCUGGUGCUGCAAGUCCACAGUUAGUUUUCGACGGUUUUGAUAUGUUAGAUAUUGAUCCAUUUUGGAUUCCACAUACAGAAGAAGAGCUUGAAGAACUCGGUGAGUUUGCUGAAAGAGAAAACGUUGCGAGAAGAUACAUGAAUACAAUUAGAAGACGUAAAGGUUUGUUUGUUGAUGAAAAGGUCGUCAAGAAUGCGGAGAAACAAAGAACUUUGAAGAAGGAUUAG